GGACACACUACCUCGUCGCGCCGGUGACCAGCAGGUCGUCGACACAGACGUGAUCUAUCAUCCUCAAGCGCGGCUUCACCCUGCCAUCUGGGCCCUUUGUUGACGUGGAUUGAUUGCGCCCAUCCAUUCUGCUGCGUCUCUCAUAUGUGGACGAGGUCGAACCUAUUGUUCAUCACGUAGGAUGCCGCUGUUCUGUGAUUGUUUGCGCGUCUGUGGCUUGAUCUUCCGAUCUUCACAAUUCAAACUGGGUUUAAGUUAGAUGUGCCAUCUCGCCGAGCCACCGCCGCCCUUACCACACGCGCGGAGUGUCCCUAGAUCAUGAUACGGUCUGCGCCGCAUAGCCAUCCAUAAAGCCCAUCUCACUCACACUCGCAAAUUCCCCGCAGCCAACAUGGAUCGAUCCCUCUACAAGACUGUUAUCACGAAACGUGAUCUCAAGUACAGCUACGCGUCCAUCCCCGCUGAAGGCACGCCCAGAGAUACGCUCCUCUUCGUCCAUGGCUUCCCCUCAACUUCGUACGACUGGCGCAACCAGGUCGAUUUCUUCAGGAAGGCGGGGUUUGCGCUGAUCAUACCCGAUUUGCUGGGAUCGGGCGAGACGGACAAGCCGAGGGACACUGAGCUGUUCAGGCCGAGUGCGAUGGCGGCGGACGUCAUCGAUAUCCUCGAUGCGGAGAACGUGGGCGAGGUCAUCGCGAUUGGUCAUGACUGGGGAAGCAUCCUCACGUCACGCCUGGCAAGCUACUAUCCGGGGCGUUUCAAAGGGUUCGCUUUUUUCGCCGUCGGGUACUCGCCGUCGGCUGCCGAGUUCGAGUAUGAGGCAGCUAUGGCGUUGAUCAAGCAAUACAUCGGUUACGAGACGUAUGGCUACUGGCAUUUCUUCUGCGAAGACGGCACGGCCAAGGUUAUCGAGGAACAUUUGGACUCCUUCCUGAGCGCGUUGUAUCCAUUGGACCCUGCGACAUGGAAGACCGACAUGGGACCGCGGGGCACGCUGAAAGCGUGGAUACUGAAUGACCGGAAGGCGCCUUGGCCGUCUUACCUCAAAGAGGAGGACGUGAAGUACAUCUCUGAUCUGAUCAAGAGAUACGGAAUCGACUCUUCGCUCAACUGGUACAGGACCUAUCUCAGCGGCAUAGCUGCGGCGGAUGACAAAGCCAACCAAACCAUCACGAAACCAGUGUUGUUUGGUGCCUGCCAGAAGGACUACGUGUGCAUUCCCGUGCUGUCUGUGCCAACGAUGCAGAAAGUAUGUACGAACCUGACAAUCAAAGACUACGAUACUGGGCACUGGGUCCAGCUCGAAGCGUCAGACAAGGUCAACGCUGACCUUCUGGAGUGGAUCAACGGAUUCACGGAGAAGGCGUAGGAUGCACAUGCCUGUCGUGAAGCCGAUGGACAUGUGUGUCUGUACUCAGAACCUUGAGGCGCCCUCUCGAUGGUGUAUAUUAGUUGUUUGACACGUGUACGUAUACGA